AUGCCUCAAGUUUCCGCAGCCCAGUAUGGCAAAGACAACAUCCGGGUCUACAAAGUCCAUAAGGAUGCAAAGACGGGGACCCAGACAGUGGUAGAGAUGACAGUAUGCGUGCUCCUCAAAGGAGAUAUCGAGACUUCAUACACAAAAGCAGACAACAGCGUUGUCGUAGCAACAGACACCAUGAAGAACACCGUCUACAUCAUGGCCAAGCAGCAUCCUGUCACGCCGCCCGAGCUUUUCGGAGCAAUCGUUGCUUCCCAUUUCGUUGAGAAGUACAAGCACAUCCAUUCCGCCUGGGUCAAGGUUGUCACCCACCGAUGGACUCGAUUGACCGUAGGAGGCGAGCCUCACCCGCACUCUUUCUUCCGUGAUGGCUCGGAGACCAGGAAUGUCGAGGCGACAGCGGACGAAGGCAAGGGUAUCAGUAUUCGUUCUGCCAUUGCGGGGCUUUUGGUGCUCAAAAGUACCGGGUCAGCAUUCCACAGCUUUUACAAGGAUGAGUAUACGACCCUACCGGACGUUUACAACCGAAUCUUGAGCACCGAAGUCGACUGCGGAUGGACCUGGAGCACCUUCCGCAGUGUUGCGGAGGUGCAUUCUGCAGUUCCCAAAUUUGACAAGGCGUGGGAGUCCGCUCGAACCAUCACCCUCGAAACCUUCGCAAAGGAAAGUAGUCCGAGCGUUCAGAACACCUUGUAUAAGAUGUGUGAGCAGAUCCUGGAAGCCGUGUCCGAAGUCGAAGCCGUGGACUACUCCCUUCCGAACAAGCACUACUUCGAAAUAGACCUGAGUUGGCACAAGGGGCUGAAGAAUACCGGCAAAGAUGCCGAAGUAUACGCACCUCAAUCUGACCCCAACGGCCUGAUCCAGUGUACCGUCACGCGGUAG